AUGACUGCACCACCUUGGGAUAGGCAGUACGAAGCUUCUGGGGGCCUUCGAAGCUUCUACUUGUCGCUGCUUCGUGAACUGUUUCGUGUGAUGAGGCCAGAUGGUUCUGCGGUGCUGCUGCUGAACGUAGAGGCUGCCAAAGUCAUGCGGGAGCUGUUGCGUCAGGGUGACGGAUGGCGAGUUGCCGCGGAGCGCAGGUUCGACAUCACUCACCACACACUGGGGGUUCUCAUGCUGUUGCGACCGGAGGAGCCCGGCAGCGCAGCGAGAACGGAGUUUGCUUUACUGCCAUGGGAGAGGGAGGGUGGCACUCGAAAUCCGCGUGGCACACGAUCAAGUUGGAAUCGACUAAGGGCCAG